GGGAAAAAAGGGUCCUGUGCGAGUUUGAUCCGUGUGUGAUGCGAAUUCAGCUCUAUAGACUGGCAUUCCCUGAAAUGGUGGCAAAAUCGCGCGAUUUUGAUUCGCAGCAGUGUGAACCUAGCCUAAAGGCCAUUGUUGUUUGUACAACCUUGUGCAUAAAGUAUGUAGAUGUCUUUGUAUGGCUCUAACAUGUAACCUUCUAAAUGCAGGCCAGAGCCCAGGCACCAUGACCCACCGCUCAAUCCACUGGUUCAGAAAGGGACUUCGCCUUCAUGACAACCCCGCCCUGCUCGCUGCCAUGAAAGACUGUGCCGAACUGCACCCCAUUUUCAUCUUGGAUCCCUGGUUCCCCAGGAAUAUGAAAGUUAGUGUCAAUCGCUGGAGAUUUCUCAUCGAGGCAUUGAAGGAUUUGGAUGAAAACCUGAAAAAGAUUAAUUCCAGGCUUUUUGUGGUGAGGGGGAAACCUGCUGAGGUCUUCCCCGUGCUUUUCAAAAAGUGGAAAGUGACCCGGCUGACCUUCGAAUUGGACACUGAGCCAUACUCCAAGCAGCGGGAUGCAGAGGUGGAGAGACUGGCAGCUGAGCACAAGGUGGAGGUCAUACAGAGGGUCUCAAACACCCUCUAUGAUGUAGAAAGGGUCAUUGCUGAGAACAAUGGGAAGCCCCCGCUGACUUAUGUCCGUCUACAGACUGUGCUGUCAUCCAUAGGACCCCCAAAGCGGCCUUAUAAUGCCCCAACAAAGGAUGAUAUGAAAGAUUGUUGCACUCCAUGGAAGUCAACUUACAAUGAGAAAUACGGCGUUCCCACCCUAGAAGAGUUGGGACAAGACCCCUCGCAGCUCGGACCUCACUUGUAUCCUGGCGGAGAGACCGAGGCACUGCAGAGGCUGGACCUCUACAUGAAGAGAACGGCAUGGGUAUGUAAUUUCCAGAAACCGGAUACAUCACCAAACUCGCUGACCCCCAGUACCACUGUGCUGAGCCCCUAUGUGAAAUUUGGCUGUCUGUCGGCUCGAACAUUUUAUUGGAGAGUGGCAGAGAUCUACCAAGGGAAGAAGCACUCAAGUCCACCAGUGUCACUCCAUGGCCAGCUACUGUGGCGGGAAUUCUACUAUGUUGUAGGGGCUGGAAUAUCGAACUUCGACAAGAUGCAAGGAAAUUCUGUGUGUGUGCAGGUAGACUGGGACGAGAAUAAGGAGCAUCUGAAGGCAUGGAGCAAUGCCAGAACAGGUUUCCCCUUUAUAGAUGCAAUCAUGACCCAGCUGAGGACCGAGGGAUGGAUCCACCACCUGGCCCGCCAUGCCGUAGCCUGCUUCUUGACACGAGGGGACCUGUGGAUAUCGUGGGAAGAAGGUCAAAAGGUAUUUGAAGAACUGCUCUUGGAUGCUGAUUGGGCACUGAACGCUGGAAACUGGAUGUGGCUCUCAGCUAGUGCUUUCUUCCACCAGUUCUUCCGUGUUUACUCUCCAGUGGCAUUUGGGAAGAAGACGGACAAGAGUGGCGAUUACAUAAAGAAAUACCUGCCCUUUCUAAAGAAGUUCCCAGCUGAAUACAUAUAUGAGCCAUGGAAGGCUCCACGCAGUAUACAGGAGAGGGCAGGCUGCAUCAUCGGGAAAGAUUACCCCAAACCCAUCGUGGUGCAUGAAACAGUGAGCAAGCAGAAUAUUCAGCGCAUGAAGGCUGCUUACGCAAGAAGAUCUGGGGCCGGCGCGAAGGAGACUGAGGGAGGGAGUGCCAAAAAGGGACAAAAGAGGAAAAGCCCCUCUGUAGCUGAUCUGUUAAAAAAGAAGAGGAGUUAGAGUUGAUUCAACAAAAAA